AUGGGGGGCAGCCUGCGGGUGGCCGUACUGGGAGCCCCAGGCGUGGGCAAGACGGCCAUCAUCCGCCAGUUCCUGUUUGGUGACUACCCAGAGCGCCACCAGCCCACGGACGGGCCGCGACUCUACCGGCCCGCUGUGCUGCUCGACGGCGCGGUCUACGACCUGAGCAUCCGCGACGGUGACGGAGCUGGACCGGGUCAGAACCCCGGAGGUCUAGAGGAGUGGCCGGAGCCUAAGGACUGGAGCUUGCAAGACACGGACGCCUUCGUGCUGGUCUACGACAUCUGCAGCCCAGACAGCUUCGACUACGUGAAGGCUCUGCGGCAGCGAAUUGCGGAGACCAGGCCGGCAGGCGCACCCGAGGCGCCCAUCCUCGUGGUAGGCAACAAGCGGGACCGGCAACGGCUGCGCUUUGGGCCUCGGCGGGCACUAGCCACCCUAGUGCGCAGGGGCUGGCGCUGCGGCUACCUCGAGUGCUCAGCUAAGUACAAUUGGCACGUGCUGCGUCUCUUCCGCGAACUGCUACAUUGCGCUCUGGUGCGCGCGCGGCCUGCUCACCCAGCCCUGCGCCUGCAGGGGGCGUUGCAUCCCGCUCGCUGCAGCCUCAUGUGACUAAAUUGGACCCGGAGGCUGAUAAGGGAACAAGACAGUUUAACUGGAACCGGGGACCUGGAUUGGACAAGCUUGCCCAACUCCUUUCGGAUUGGACAGGACAGUCUCAUCCCUGAUUGGAUGAGGAAAGCUCCCACCCAGCUCCUGGGCGACAGGCCUCUCUUUGAAUCUCAUUGGACCCAGACAGGCCCCAAGGCCCAUGGACAAAAUCCUUUCUGGGACAUCACGGAGCCACGAUCCCGUUGGAUGGAAGGGACUGGACCAUGAAUCUGAUUGGAAGCUCUCACACUGCUCUUGGAGCCUCAUUGGACAAAGACUUAAGUCACACCUUUCCGGAGCUAAUAAAAGGGGAACAAUUCAA